GAAUUAACUCGCGUUUUUUAAAAUAUUGCUCUGCAUAGUUAAACUUCAACGGCACUAAAGAAGAACGCUAGCAAAAAAAAAAAUGGAUGGGCAUGAUGCUGAUGAUGCGAAAAAAAGCACUGCUGAUAUGACUGCUUUUGUGCAAAAUUUGCUUCAGCAGAUGCAAUCCAGGUUCCAGACAAUGUCUGACUCCAUCAUUACAAAGAUCGAUGAAAUGGGCACCAGGAUAGAUGAGUUGGAACAGAGCAUUGAUGAUCUCAGAUCUGAGAUGGGAUUAGAGGAGGCUCCUUCUCCUUCUGUCCCUCCCAAGGCUAAGGAAGAACCCAAGUCAGGCAAUGAUUCGGCAUAAGUUCAUUGCAUCAUCUUUCAAAGCUAUGAAUUCAAGGAAAUAUGUAAUGCAAUGCUUUCUUAUUACUAUUCUUUUUUCUCUUUGAAAAAAGUUAUGGAGAGAGCAUCCAAUAGCUUUUUGCCUUAUUGUUUUUUUCUUUCUUUUACUUGUCCGGGAAAGGAAACGUGAGUCAAAAUACUGAAAUUUCUAGUAUGCUACGGGAAUGCUUGAUGGGUUUGAGAAUUUAAUUUGUCUUGUGUGAUUGUGCUA